GUAGUUGGCGAGGGAGUACUGACUGCUGGGACUUGGCGGAAUCUUCUCCUGGUGCUGUGACAGGAAAGGAGGAGAGAAGUAUUUUGGUGUUCGUGGGCAAAGAGAGGAGUCGGAGUCUUCAAGUAGUUUUGUUGUCGAUCCCUCGUUCUUCUUGGAGGCGCAGUGAGUGAUUGCUUGUCUUCGGUGGACACCUGAUGGCGUUCAUCAUGGAAUUUGCCGAGAACUGGAUUCGGAGGAGCAUGGAGGAUCCAGAGGAGCGCGAUCGCAAGUUCAGAGAGCAUGUGCAGACGACGAAAGCUAAGUGCGAAGUUCUUAAGGAGCAGUGGGCACAACCGGUGAAGCAGUAUGGGUCUUGGAAUUCUGACAAAAACAAUCACAAAUUUCUAAUGGAUCUGCGCAUGGGGCGUGUACCUGGACGCACAGAUCCAAUCGUAGAGACCGCUCUCGCUCAGCCUAGAAGUUGAAAAAGAGCCCAGUAAUUUUCCGAUUCAAUGUUCCUACAUGUGAGUUUCUUUGACUGAUUAUCUUCCCCUGAGCAUCCGUAUUGGGGUUUUUGGCAUACACGCAGGAUUUUCUGUUCUUCAGAAUUGUGUAACAAAUUGGACCACAGGAGUAAGAUUGGGCCUUUGAAUAGAUGGGCGGAUGAAUGAAUGCAAGGAUCUCGAUUGGAAUUUCUGCAAGAUCAUUCUAUUCGUGUCUUUAUACAUGAAUAAAGUGCUGGUCCCCAGUUGUAGCUCUUAAAGAUGAGGGGAAAUAAACGAAAGGAGCGAAUUGUGUUUUUAGAUC